AACAGAAUUCCGGGGCCAGCUAUAUAUUGCACAGAGUUCGGCUUCUGCCAGCUGGGUCAAUGCGUGAGCACGGCAGUAGGUCCGAGACCAGUUGUUACGUGUCUUCAGACGGGUGAUAACCGAAACACGAGGGGGGGUGGUGGUGCAAGGCUGUUGUGUUGUUACGCGGAAGCAAUAUUCAAAGCUUGGCGUUGAAUCUUUGAAGAAAAACAAAAAGGAAAAAAUUCGUAACAACCAGUUUAGUUUUUCUCAAUGUUCCGGACAGCUAUUAGUGGUGGAUCAAGCGCGAGGCUCUUUUUGCCACCGGACCGUUUAUUUCCUUUCUGCUCGACUUGGUUAGCUGCUGUACAAUUUUUAGGACGACACAGUUGAUUAGUUCCCCCCCCCCCGUCUUGUUCCAUUUGUUCCAUUUUUCGUCCACAACGAACCCAAUCAAGUUUCAGAAAGAAACAAUUGAAUUUGAGACAAGUUUUAUUUGGCCAUCGUCAUGCAACUGUUUGUGUCGUCGUCGGAAACGGGUGGAGUGGGUGGCGGUUGGGACGAUCAAAUAGUUGCGCUGUUAAACCAAACAAUGUCGAACGAAACGAGUUGGCCUACUGACGAAGAAUUCCUUCUGAUGAUGACCAACAAUCUGAGUGCAGUGACGACCGGAAUCUCCAGCUCAUCGUCAUCGCCUCCGGCUGCUAAGCUCUACUGCGGCGAGGGAUUGGAAGCUUUCCGAAGAUCCUACCUCAUUAUGCACGGCUACAUCAGCCUGAUGGUGUGCCUCUUCGGCAUGAUGGCCAACACUCUCAACAUCAUCGUACUGACCCGGAUGGAUCAACGCAUCUCACCCACCAACGCCAUUUUGACUGGCUUAGCUCUGGCUGAUAAUCUCGUCAUGAUCGAGUACAUUCCGUUCACCAUGCACAUGUACAUCCUGCGUGAGCGGCCCGUUUACGAGCGGUUCAGCUACCCGUGGACGGUCUACGUCCUCAUUCACGCUCACGUUACGCAAGUCUUUCACACCAUUUCCAUCUGGUUGACGCUGUUGCUGGCCGUUUGGCGCUACUUGUCCGUCGCUCAUCCGCUGCGUUCGCGGGACUGGUGCACCCUCGACCGCGCCCUUCUGGCCAUCCUGUUGGCGUACGUCUGCUCACCGCUGGUCUGCAUCCCGCUCUACUUGACGUACACGAUCCAGGAGCAGCCGUAUCGGUCGCCGGCCAGCAGUUUGACGGUGAACGGGACGGGAAUUGCAUCGCCGGACGUGCCGAUGAAUCACACGCUGUACGUCCUUGGAACCAGCGAACUGGCCAGGGCCAACGAGAGCCUCCUGGAGAAUAUCAAUUUCUGGACGUACAGCGUUGUCGUCAAGCUCAUCCCUUGUGUGGCAUUGACUUUCUUCAGUUUCCGGCUGAUUAGCGCGUUGGUUAGCGCUAAGGAACGCCGUCAGAAUCUUAAGAGCAGCAACACGAAUUCGUCGAAGAAAAACCUUCCGGCAGGCGGAUGUGAGCCGGAACGAUCCGUUUCGGGGAUCGAGAGGCAUGCACCGCCGACUGGACCGGCAGCUGGAAGCGGUUCGGAGAAACACGACCGGACUACGCGAAUGUUGUUAGCCGUUCUGGUUCUGUUCCUCGUGACGGAAUUCCCGCAAGGCAUUUUGGCUCUUCUCAGCGGCAUCCUGGGAGACGCUUUCUUCACCAACUGCUACCGUCACCUGGGCGAGCUGACAGACAUCCUGGCGCUCAUCAACGGCGCCAUCAAUUUCAUCCUUUAUUGCGUCAUGAGCCGUCAAUUCCGGCAGACGUUUAGCCGCAUCUUCAGGCCGCGUUUGCUCGAUAAAUGGACAGCCGAUCCGCUGUCGGCUACGCGCGGAUCCAAUUCGCUGGCCAACAACCAGAAUAACAGGCUGACAGUUCGCCCAAUUCCGCCACAACAGCAACAACAACCACCGCAACAUUCGAUCGUCAAUCUGCUCAGUCCCGACCCUUGCCCAGUGUGAUUGGCUAAACAAAAAAAAAGAAAAAGGGCCGCCAGAUCCUGUUACACGAUAACUCCCACAGCUGUGUAUGUCACGCAGAAAAGAGAUGUCCGGGCUAUUGCGGAAUCGGGCUCUUUCGAAACCCCCCCUCUUUGUCCUGACAGUUAAUCCAGGCUUUUUGUUUUUGCUUUUUGCUCGCCUCAUCUUCUCAACAUUUUCUCAUUGAUGUGUUGUACUCUUCCAUCGCAAAUCACAGGAGCGUGUCAACUUCGUCAAAACGAGAUUUUCUCUGGAGCCAUUCGCAAAAACGUAUGGACUUGUUUCUUUGAAAUGAUUUUCAUUUGAUGUUUUUGUUCGAUUUUUGUUCCAGCUGUUGCUACUCAAACGCCCCAUGUCCUCGAACGCACCAGAUAUUUUUCACACCCCAUCUCAUAGAAGUAUAUAUAAUUAUAGUAUAUAUUCAUUCGCGCGAUAUAAUAUAAAAAAUGGAGUUCAUAGAGGAGUAAUAACCCAUAUUGUUUUGUGAGACGUUAGUCACUUUCCGCUGCGGUUUUCUUAUUAACACCACGAAUUAUCUUUUAAAGUUUUAGACAGAGACGUGGCAACACAAAUAUAAUCAAUUUAACAUCCACCGGUGCAGGUACUGGAUGGAAGAAAUUCUUUACCGUGUUCUCUAUAUCCUCCUCCUUUGUUCCCUAAUUUCAUUUCAAAGUUUUCGUAUUUAAAAGGCGGUAAAAUUCAAAAAUGAUUGAACAGACUUCCCCGCAUCCAUGGCAACAGUUUCUAAGGAUUAAAACAAACGGCGAGGGGUAGAUUGUGUAUACCUAUAAGAACUCUCUUCCACCGCUACAUGUUAACCGCACUCUGAUAUGAUCUUUUGUUAAGCAGACACAAUCGUGCAUGGCUGACGUAACACGAGAUCAACCCUUUGCGCUUUGUUUACGUAGGCAAACAGCUAUUUUUCAUCCAUUGAAACUGUUCCCUUUGUAACACGUAAUGAAUAUCAUAGUCUCCGCAUUUAUCCACCUGUCAACAUGUCGUCCUUCUUCAAAACAUCCAACUUUUUUGUUUAUCCUCCGUGUCGUCUGAUGUAGUCCCGCGUUCUUCUCGUUCAUCCGGAGGCUUUCUCCAUUUUCCACACGAUUCAUACGGAAGAAACGACGGAAGUUCAUACGGAAGUUUUCCCACACGCAGCCAACAAUUAGUUGUCACGUAAACCAAUCGUUUCAAUGAUGUCUAUCGCCACAAUCAAUACAAGAAUUAAAAGAAAACAA